AUGGCUGGCAGGCCAGCUGUUGCAACAUCAGGCAGGUGGCUGGGUGGUAUUCGAAAAUGGUAUUACAAAGCUACAGGAUCCAAUAAACUGGGGUUAAUCCGAGACGAUACAAUAUACAAGGAUGAAGAUGUAAAGGAAGCCAUAAGGAGACUUCCUGAGAACCUUUAUAAUGCCAGGAUGUUUCGAAUUAAGAGAGCACUGGACCUGACCACGAGGCAGCAGAUCUUGCCCAAAGAACAGUGGACAAAAUAUGAAGUGGAUAAAUUCUACCUUGACCAUAUCUGA